UCGGUACGCUAGCAACAAAGCGAUCAAAGCGAUCAAUCAACCGUAUACUAUCAAGGCAGAGUGACUAUCAAAUGUUAUGAUCAUAUUUAUUACAAUGCAUAGAGCAAUAGACUGAUUUUGGCGGCAGUAUAGACAUAUGUUUUCUAUAAUAUAAUGACUGAUGAUCAACGAGUAGGUGAUUCUAUCAUUUUAAAACGAAUCUAUUGAGAUUCAAAGCCUCGGCAACGAUUUGGGAUGACAGUAGCAGCAGUAGUAGGAGUAGCAGGGAAGAACGAAAAAGAUUGCAGCCAUGCUGAGGAAAUCAAUAAAUGCCGAAAUUGAUUGGCUGAUUGUCGUACAGAGAAGUUAAAAAAACGGACUGAAUUUUUUUCCCUCUUCUUUUCUUAGAUCGAUCGCGCAACGAAAAAUCUCGAAACUCGUUUGGAAUCAUGGCAAAAGGACGUUCGGCCAUUAGCAAAAGCAUGGCACAUAAAAAUACUCGUGCACCUGCUCAACAUGUCUCUGGUCUUUCUUCUUCGAAAUCAGCCUCGAAACGCAAAAACGAAACCGUCAAGUUUGGCAGUUUGUCUCGCAAGCAAAAGAACGAUCUCAAAGAAUACGGUACUUUGAUCCCAGACGAUUUUCAAGACGACGAAGAAGACGAGGAGAAUGAUAAUGCUGAAAGUGGUGAGGAAGGUGGACCUACCAAACGCCGCCGUCGCGUUGUUUACGAAGAAGACCUGGAUCGAGAAAUGGAAGAAGGACAAGUUCAAUUCGAAAGCGAAGAAGACGAGGAAGAAGGAGAUGAUGAAGAAGAAGAAACAUGGCAAAAGCCUUCGGCAUACUCGCAGUUAGUGGGCUCGUUGCAAAAGACAUCCAAAAACCAGACUUUUUAUGCCAGAAUCAAACGUGAGCAGGAGGGUUUUGAAGAUGAGGACUCCGACGGCGACGAUGAAGAUGAAGAAGAACAAGAGGUUCAUGAUGAAAAUGACAUGGCGGUAAAUGAUGCUGAAGAAGAAAACGAAGAGGAGGAGAAAGAUGAGGAAGUAGAAGAAGAAGAUGAUGGAGAAGGAAUUAUCGACGAAGAAGAAAAGCAGGAUCAAAUCAUGGUUGGGGAUGAAUCGAGUGAUGAAGAAGAAGGACGUGAGGAGGAUCCGUUCUCGCGCCAUUUCACCGACGAUCAACCUAAAGAAUUCGAUCAAAAAAUUUCUCUUAUUGAAGACAAAAAGUGGAACGCUCAAACGUUUGAAGAUGAUGCUCUAAAAGACGUUGUGGGCUAUACCGCAGUACCUGACAAGAGCAUUAAGGAGUCGAAACCGGUGACCGAUUUGGUGGAAGCCAAAGUACGAGGACGCCUGGCAAAGCUUUGGAAAAAAGCAAAUAAGAAUGUUUUGGACUCAGAGGAUGAAUCUCGAGUUUUCACACCACUGCAAGAUCGUUUAUUCCAGCAAUUUAACGAAUAUCGUGAUGUAAUGUACUGUAACCGCAGUUUGGAUAACGCUGAUGAAAUUAGAAACGCAUAUGUUUUACAUGCAUUGAAUCAUAUCCACAAAACACGCGAUCGUAUCAUGAGAAACACGAACAAAAUCACCAAAGCACAAACUGACAACAUCGAUAUUGGCGACAUCCGGGAUCAAGGUUUUACUCGACCAAAAGUACUGAUUGUUGUUCCGUUCAGAAACUCAGUCGUUGAUAUUGUGGAUAUGAUGAUCAAGUUAUCGGGUAGCGAGCAACAGGAAAACAAAAAACGUUUCUAUGAUGAAUACAAGUUGCGAGAGAAGGAAGAGCAGGACGAUACAAAGCCGGCAGACUUCCUUGCCACGUUCAAGGGCAACAUUGAUGAUCAUUUCCGUCUGGCAAUCAAGUUUACCAGAAAGAGUAUGAAGUUUUAUAGUGAUUAUUAUGCUGCAGAUAUGAUCAUCGCCUCGCCACUAGGUCUGCGUAUGAUGAUUGGCGCCGAAGGUGACAAGAAACAAGAUUUUGAUUUCUUAUCUUCGAUCGAGCUUGUCAUCUUUGAUCAAGCAAGCACUUUUUUGAUGCAAAACUGGGAACAUGUUGAGCACAUUUUCCAAUUUUUGAACCGGAUUCCUCUCGAUACACACGGAUGUGAUAUUUCACGAAUCAAAAAUUGGUACCUGGAUAAAAAAGCCACGUAUUUGCGACAAACCUUGGUCUUUAGCGAAUUUCUGACUCCCGAGUUCAAUGCCAUCUUCAACAAGUAUUUUAAGAAUGUUGCAGGCAAGCUCAAGAUCAAACAAAAGGUCGAGGAUGGAUCUAUCCUUGAUGUGAUUCCUCAAGUACAACAGACCUUUACACGUGUGGACACUACGUCGCUGGCUGCCAUGGACGACACACGGUUUAAAUACUUUGUUGAAAAGACCUUGCCCGGAUUACGCAAGUCAGCUAUCAUGCAAUCUCAUACCCUCAUUUUCAUCCCAUCCUAUUUUGACUUUGUUCGCAUCCGCAACUAUUUUGAAGACAACAUGUAUUCCUACGAACCACUUUGCGAGUACACAACACCCAAGGGUAUUACUCGAGCAAGAGGUCAAUUCUUCCACGGUCGCACCAGCUUUUUACUCUACACCGAACGUGUUCACUUUUUCCGACGACUCAACAUUCGAGGCACCUUCCAUGUGGUGUUUUAUGGCUUACCCGACCAUCCUCAGUUCUACAACGAGGUGGUCAACUUCUUGGGUCUCAAGUUUAAUGAAGCAAGUGCGGCCGAAGAAGCCACAUUCUCAUGUACAGCCUUGUUUUCACGAUACGAUCAUCUAAAGCUGGAACGGAUAGUAGGCACAGAAAGAGCACAGAAAAUGUGCACGGCACAAAAGAAUGUUUUCAUGUUUGCAUAAAGAAAAAGUAAUCAUCAUCCCAUCAUUGUAAUAAUUAUAGUAACAAUAAUAAAAGCUAGAAACCAAAAUUUAUAAAAGUGUAUAUUUAGUAUUGUUGUUGGGGU